GGUAGGGGAACGGGUCCGGGGACGUGUGUCAGGGGUGCGGGUGGUGUGUGUUCGUGAUGGGGUGUGGGCACGAGUGGGGAACGCUGCAGUCAAGAUGCCUACAACAGGACUGUAUAAAAUGGGUGAUGGAAGCAACUCUGCAACUAACUGCUUCCUUGCCAGGAACACUUUGCGCACAAGUAAAGAAGGUGACACGGUCUGGGUGCUGGCACACAGAGACACCCCGAGGGCUUGGACUGAGAAGGGGACCACGGGGGAGAGAGCACAGCAGAGGAGAAAGCCCCCACAUUCUGCCUCUGUAGAAGAAAAUGAUGAAGACAAUAUCCUAGGUGAGCCAUUCCCGAUGAAGCCCCACUGUUUGAAGAACCCCUCUGACCUGUGCUCUGUGAACAUAAGCGGCCAAAAUCUGGUCUCUGCUAAAGACGACGAUUUUGAGAAAUUUGAUUGCGUUGUUUUUAUAAAUGCUGCUGAGAACCUGCUGACACUAGAGCUGUUUCAGAAGUUUCCAGGAUUGCGGGAACUGGAACUUCCAUUGAACGGACUAGGAAAUCUGCAAAUCACCGCUGGAGACUUCCUGCAUUUGGAGGAUCUGGAUCUCUCCUACAAUAACUUGUCCCCCCAGGACAUUUGGACAUUGGGAGAUUUGUCCCAGCUCAAAGUCCUUCGCUUGACGCCUCUUUGCGUCCGCAGCUCUGCUCAUUUAAGGUUUCCAUCUCUGGAGGUCUUGUCGCUGGAUGACAAUCGUCUGUCAGACCCCAGCGUCUUUGUGAGCCUGUCUCAUCUCCGCAGCCUGAGGGAGCUGAAUCUGGACAGGAACGGGAUUUCAGCCGUCCCCUACCUGCACCAAGCAGAGAGCAGGCAGUUCUUCCUCCACGCCACGCUGGACGGUGACAGCUUCAGGGCAGAGUGGUCCAAGUCCCUAAGCAGCCUCUGGCAGCAGUCCCGGCCACCGCGGCAGGAGGGCACGGAGGUGCCAGCAGAGCUGGAAGCGAAGACAGGACAGCUUGGAUAUGUCGUGCUGCAGGGGUCCAGACAGGAGGGCACGCUGGUUCCAGAGCGAUACAAAGGCUGUGAGGAGCUGCUCGGUGGAGACACGGACGCAGAUUUUACUGAGCCGGUUGGGACACAGAAGAACGCGCAGGCACUAUACGACAUCCUGCAACACCCCCGUUUGGAUGCAAAGCCAUGACCAGACAGGGUGCAGAAGCCCUACGUGCCUCAGAAAAAGCCCGCCCGAAAGACAAAAGCGGAGAUCCUGGAAGGGAUCCUGAUGGCCAUGAGAAGAAACACCUUGGCCAUCACUGAAGUCCCCUCGGCUAUGUCCCUGCUGCGUUCCCAGUCUCUCCUGCUGACGGCACGGCGGAGGCAGGGGCAGGAUCUGAACAUAAAG